GGUUGUGUUGGUUUGUGGCCCCUGCAUGUUUUCAUGUGGUCCACAGGUUGUGUUGGUUCGUGUUCCGCAGCAGAGGCGAGGACAGCAGCACCUAAAAACCUUUGUUCGUACGCAGACUAGAUGACAAGAAGUCCCUCGGACGUAUUUCUGGAACAUUCCGCCGUGUCGUACAGUUUAUUUAAGCGCCGCAGUAAAUCACCAGAGUGCCCUUCUCUGAGUUCACUGUACGCAGGGAGGAGCCCCAAAUGGAGCCAUGGGAGGAGCCAAAUGGAGCCCUGGGAGGAGCCAAAUGGAGCCCUGGGAGGAGCCAAAUGGAGCCCUGGGAGGAGCCAAAUGAAACCCUGGGAGGAGCCAAAUGGAGCCCUGGGAGGAGCCAAAUGGAGCCCUGGGAGGAGCCAAAUGGAGCCCUGGGAGGAGCCAAAUGGAGCCCUGGGAGGAGCCAAAUGGAGCCCUGGGAGGAGCCAAAUGGAGCCCUGGGAGCGCCAUCAUCUGCUGUUAGAAAAGUCUGCACACCCACACCUUCACGUGUUGACCUUUCCUUACGUAACCUGCUGCUGCCACUACAAAAAGUCCAGCACACAAGUCCUGGCACUGGUGAGACAACAAGUCACGUAGAAAGUCUUUUCUUUUUCUGGCGAGGAAGAGGAGCCGCCCUCCGUGUGUGACGUCAGCAGAAACUUGAAACCAUCAUUUUCAGCAGCCGCCCCCCUUCUGGCUCCAUGUUGUCAUAUUUCUUCUCUCUUCUCCUCCAACCUUCCACACACAACUUCCUGCAGGGCUUCAGGACCAGCCUGCAAGCUUCUGCUAUCAGGACCGCACCACCCUGGUUCUGCUAUCAGGACCGCACCACCCUGGUUCUGCUAUCAGGACAAGACCACCCUGGUUCUGCCAUCAAGACCGGACCACCCUGGUUCUGCCAUCAGGACAAAACCACCCUGGUUCUGCUAUCAGGACAAGACCAACCUGGUUCUGCUAUCAGGACAAGACCAACCUGGUUCUGCUAUCAGGACCGGACCACCCGGCUAUCAGCUGGGCUUGUUUGAGGAGAUAUUUUACUGUCUUGUAAGUAAAAGGAGUCCAUGAAAAUGGAAAUGGACAAAGUACCAAAUGGUAAUCAACACACUGGAGCUGCAGUGGCGACGGACGCAGAAGUCCCAGAAGAGGAACAAAUGUUUCUGGAACACAAAAGCAGAACACCAAAGAGCCCUCAGUUUACAGACUUUGAGGGCAAGACUUCCUUUGGAAUGUCCGUCUUUAACCUGAGCAACGCCAUCAUGGGCAGCGGCAUUCUGGGACUUUCCUACGCCAUGUCCAACACAGGCAUGCUGCUUUUCCUGGUUCUGCUGAUAUGUAUUGCGUGUCUGUCCUGUUACUCCAUCCAUCUCCUGCUCCGUAGUGCUGGAUUUGUGGGUAUCCGUGCCUACGAGCACCUGGGCAUGAGAGCCUUUGGCCAGCCAGGCAAGAUCCUGGCAGGUGUGGUCAUCACGCUGCACAACAUUGGAGCCAUGUCCAGCUACCUGUUCAUCGUGAAAUCAGAGUUACCGCUGGUAAUCCAGGCUUUUCUAGGCCAAACAUCUGGAUCUGAUGAAUGGUUCAUGAACGGAAACUACCUCAUCAUCUUCGUCACUCUGGCCGUCAUCCUGCCUUUGGCCCUCAUGAAGCACCUCGGUUACCUGGGUUACACAAGUGGCUUUUCUCUCUCCUGCAUGGUGUUCUUCCUCUGUGUGGUGAUCUACAAGAGAUUCAACAUUGCUUGCCCACUGGAAGUGUUUGGCAACUUCUCUGUCAGCGCAGACACUUCAGAGGAAGCAUGCAGCACCAAGUACUUCAACGUCAACCAAGAGACGGCGUACGCCAUUCCAAUCCUGGCCUUUGCUUUUGUUUGCCACCCUGAAGUUCUUCCCAUCUACACCGAGCUCAGAAGUCCCACCAAGAGGAGAAUGCAGAACAUCGGCAAUGUUUCCAUCCUGGGCAUGUUCGUCAUGUACUUCCUCACCGCCAUCUUUGGCUACCUGACCUUCUACGGAAACACGGAAGCAGAGCUCCUGCACACCUACAGCAAGGUGGACCCCCUGGACACUCUGAUCCUCUGCGUGCGAUUGGCUGUCCUGGUGGCCGUCACACUCACCGUCCCGGUGGUCCUCUUCCCUGUCUGGUUGGUGGAUUGUCCUUCUGGAAAGUUCUCCUCUCUCCACAGAGGAAUGCUGACCAUGGUCUUGGUCACCUUGUCCCUCCAUCAGCCAGUUUAGACAGCCUGGUGGUUCCACACUUCUUCCAUGUACGGAUGAUGGAGACCACGCAGAUAUUUUUCAGUACCCUUCCCCAGAUUUGUGCCUUGAGACCAUCCUGUCUCGGAGGUCUACAGACCAUUCUUUGGACUUCAUUCUUGCUUUGUGUUCUGCCAUCCAGCGUCAAGUGUGGGAUCAAGUGCCUUCCCUCAUCGUGUCCAACCCUCUGACUUGACCAGAGGUGGACUCCAAUGAAGCUGGAGGAACAUCUCCAUGAUUCACCUCAGCUCACUUUUCAUCUUCAUCACAAAUGCUGUCAACACUUUCUUGUUUGAUUCCUCCUCAAUUUGCAAAAAAAUGAGGAAAAAUGUUUCCACAUUGUCAUGAUUGUAAAAUACUGCACAUCUGCCCUCCUCACCUUGGCAACAAACAUGUCCCAUUUCUUUGGUUAUUAUAUUUUGUCAUGUUAUUUAUUAUAGCUUUGAUGUUAUUAAUAAGUUUGGACACACCUUCUCCUCACUCAAUCUUCAUUUCCAUGACUAUUUACAUUGUAGAUUGUCACAUCACAACUACGAAUGAACACAUGUGGAGUUAAAAAAAACAACUGAAAACAUGUUUUAUAUU